AUGCAAUUGAUAAUUUUCGGAGACGGCAUGAAAAAUAAGGACCAUGUCAAGUUCAAAGGUCUUCGGUGUGGUGUUUCUGACAAGUUGUACAAACAGCUUCAACGACGUGAGAGGUUAGGGGAACUUCUUCUCCUAGGUAUAAACGAGCAUAAUACCUCGAAGACGUGCAACAGCUGCUUGGAGAGCAACUUGCAAAAUCUUAGGUGUGGAAGCGGCGAAGAUGAAUGCAAGAUCCAUCAAGCAUUAAUUUGUAAAAGAUGUAAUAUUUUUUGCAAUUGUGAUGUGAUGGGCGCUAAGAACAUGUUUACCAUUGCUGAAUCCACCUGGAACGGCAAUGGUCACCCUAAUGUCUUCCAGCGACAAAGCACCACCUCCAAUGUGGUUGUCACGUCUCACUCCGGUGGGGCGCUGGCUUAA